CUUCUGGAGUCCGCGCUAAACUGGAGCAGGCAGGCACAAGAUGAAAAAUAUAUCCAAGAUCACUGUUGCCGGCCGUUCAGUUAUCAGCGGAUGGUUGAACCGGUCGGAUGGGGUCUCGGGACGGACUUCCAGGCGUGAACUCUCGUAACGGCGCGGUUUCAAAGUGGUGUGUGACGGCAAGUCCUUCUGCUAUUAGCUUGGGACGUUGAAGAUACGGUCCGUGGAGAGGAAAGCUUCUCCGCACGACAAACGAGUCUGCUCGACUCAAGUGAAUUAGGGAUGAAAGUGAUGAUAUGUGAGUGAGUUUCCUGAAGGAUGAAGAGAUGAAAAAUGAAGAAACGAUGAUGAGUGGAGCUUGAUAGCUCAACCAGAAGGAAGUCCGGGGGAUUAUACCCCAUCCGGAAGAUGCUUUCACUUGUUGAUUGAUUUUUAUGAAAUUGAUGUCCCUCCCCCUCAAGUUCGUUCGUUUGUCGAGAUUUACGAGUGUUGCUUGGAGAUUGGAUUAAAGAGGUGUCCUUUAUUCGAGAGAUUCCAUCAUAUCACAGAGUGGAGGAGAGGUUUUGAACCUGAAGAUUGUUCUUAUCUUAUCGAGGCACACAACAACGUGUAGAAGAGGUGGCUGUUUGCGGUGUUGAUUGAACCUCGGAGCUAAGCAGAGAUUUCAGAUUCUAAUCUUGGAUCACCGUGGCGUCGUCGUCAUCACCGUUCGUUGUCUGCAGAUAUUAUCUUACCUGGAGCGAGAUAAGACGCUCAUUUCGGAGAAUUGCCCCCCUCACUUGAUCUGGAGCGACAAAGUGUGGUUGAAAAAGGUUGCGUGCCAAAGUGAAUGUGCACCCCAGUGAUUGGGUUAAUUGAAUGAAUCAUGAUGGUUUUCGUGCAGCUAUGAAUGAAAAAAAUAGUGAGGGCGGAAGAAUGUGCUGCAUCCAAGCUGGUUAAGUUGUUUUAGUGUAGAGUUUGACCUAAACUGUAUACGAGUGGAACGAGGAAAAUAUAAUGCGGUCAUGGCUGAGCUAUUUCGGCGAAAGAUAGUGAAGAAGACCUUGAAUUCCCCAACACGGAGUGAAAACGACCGCCGUCGGAAUCAGUGAAAAACAAUUUUCCACCGCGAUCUCGAUCGAAGCGGACAAGCGCAACAACCCGAAGAAACAACUCGUUUUCAGGAAGCAAAAGAAAAGUGCGAGGUUAAGCUGUGAAAAGUGAAAAAUUGCAGGGAGGUUAGCCCCUUGUAGGGUUGCAAGUUCACGUGUGUGUUGUAACGUAACGGUUGAAAAGUGCACCGUAAUAUUGCGCAGGAUGGCCGACGGAAGCGAAGAAAGUGCGACUUGACAGCGAUUAGAAAAUAAAAUGAAAGUUGUUAUUUCUGGCUGCAAGUGGAUUUGCUGUGAAGAAAAAAAAAGGAAGAAUGACUGGUUGAGAAGGGGCACUUUAGGUAUCACAGUGAGUUUAAUGUUUUGCCUUUUCCCUACGUUAUGGUGACGGUAAAUUGCCCUAUUCGAGCAGAGUAGAGUAGUGUAAACCCAAGUCAGUGUUCCAAGUGUCUCUAAUGGCUGAUAAACGUGCAAACAUCAAGACGACACCUCAGAACGAUUACAAUGGCACUCUGCCGCUGAUGGAAACAACGAUAAUGUUUUAUAUAUUCAUCGUCACCGUACCUGGCUCGAUUGCGAACGAGGCCAAGAGUCGUCCUUGGUCCUGCUAGGGUGAAUUCGCUCUACUUUCCUCCAAGGAGGAUGACUUUCCACAGCAGCAGUGACGGAGUCAACGGCGAGGACGACCGUGUGCCACUCUGGCCAAAUGCCACGGCAAAGGUCCUCACGGCGUUGCUCACCACCCUGUCCUCGACUACACCCACACCCACCCAACAACUUCAUCCGGUGGGAGCACUUUGGUCGACCUCCACACCCGCCAGCAGCCCGCCGGCCAUGGCCGGAACGCCAGACCUGGCCUGGUUGGCCCUGUUCAACUAUAGCUUCGUCACGGGCACGCCACCUGGCGGCACAAACUUCACCGGCAGCGUUCACCCGCCCCAGAACGAUUCCCUGCCGUACGACCUGCUCGAACUGGACCGGUGCGAUCCGGGCAACGCACACUUUGAGUGUUCCGUGCAGGAUUUCCUGGAGUAUGCCCGGGGGCCCCAGCAGAUGCCGCUGUCGACCGCACUAUUGGUAACCAUCCUCUUCGUGGGCAUCCUUGUCACCGGCGUGAUCGGUAAUCUGAUCGUAUGUCUGGUCAUCAUCCGGCACCCGGCGAUGCACACCGCCACCAACUAUUACCUGUUCAGCCUGGCUGUAUCGGAUCUGAUUUUGCUGCUUCUUGGUCUCCCGUACGAGAUAAGUCUGUACUGGCACCAGUACCCGUACAGCCUGGGGCUCGCGUUCUGCAAGAUCCGGGCGCUGAUAUCGGAGGCGUCCACGUACGUGUCGGUGCUGACGAUAGUGGCGUUCUCGAUGGAGCGCUUCCUGGCCAUCUGCCACCCGCUGCAUCUGUACACGAUGUCCGGGCUGCAGCGACCGGUCCGGAUCAUCGCCGGCCUGUGGAUCGUCAGUCUGCUCAGCGCAGUGCCUUUCGCCGUGUUUACCGACAUCGACUACAUCGAGUACCCGCCGACCAAGCAAGAAAUCCCGGACUCGGCAUUCUGCGCCAUGCUUCAGAUACCGGAGCGGAUUCCCCUGUGGGAGCUUUCCACGUGUCUGUUCUUCGCGGUACCGAUGGCCGUCAUGGUGGUCCUGUACGGCCGGAUGGGCAUGCAGAUCCGCUCCCGGACCCAGCGCACCCUCGAACUGGGUGUCCGGAACGGGUCCGUGAACGGUCCUUCACGGGUGUCCCAGUCCCGCAAAGCCAUCAUUCGAAUGCUGGCUGCCGUUGUGAUAACCUUUUUCGUGUGCUGGGCGCCCUUCCACGCCCAGCGGCUGCUGUACUUGUACGGGCGGGACUGGCAGCACUUCAACACGGUCAACACGUGGCUGUUCUCCGUGGCCGGCUGGCUGUACUACGUGUCGUGCACCAUCAACCCCAUCCUGUACAACGUCAUGUCGCACCGGUACCGGGUGGCGUUCCGGGAGACGCUGUGCGGCCGGCGGAGGGGUUUCGGAACGGGCUUUGCCCGAGACCAGUCCAGCUUCCGGGAAACGACGGUGGACGUGAACGUGGGCUGCGAAAAUUCCAAACUGCUCCGAGCUCGUUCCAUGAUGCAGUCCAAGCGUUAUAAGGGUGCCCUUCACGCGACCAACAGUGUCCGCUACAGUGACAACUGCAUCCGGCGGAACUCACUGCAGCUCGGUCGCCUUCCGGGAAGCCGGCGGUCACUCUCCCCCAACCUGACCACCGACGUGGUGGUGAUGCUGGAAAACAACCUGUCCGGCCGGCCACGCUGCUUCACCACCACGUCCACGACGUCGACGCUGGCCGCGACCACCACCGAAAGCAGUCUCAAGGUGCCCCUGAUUAGCAUCAACGGUCCGAUUUCAACGGGAGUUGCUGGGUCCGAGACCACCACCACCACCACGAACGACGUCAACGGCAUCAACGGAGUCAACGUCAACAGUAUCAACCGAAGUAUUAGCAGGGAAAACAAUCACUCGACAGCUUCGACGCCGCUGGCCUCGUCCCAGGCCUCGUCCAACCUGUCCAUCGAUGAGCUUAACCAAACCAACCAAACCACCGCCGCAAGUAAACAACACCAGCUGGGACUGCUCUCGGAGGAGGAGUCAUCGGCGUCCCAGGCCGGGGAGGACAAUGCCAAUUGUCGGCAUCAUCCCCAGCUGAAUCUUCAGCUUCAUCAUCACCAGCAGCAGCAGCUGCCGAGCAGCCAUCAAUUAAUUAACGGUUAUGAUAGCGACGAUGAUGAUAAAAGGAGAAGGAGCAGUAGUAGUCCCACCCCCACAGUCGGAGACAUUCCAUGCCGGAACGGUCCGAAACGGGAGACCUGCAUUUAACAGCUGGCAUCACCACUUCGUGGUGACGACAACGUCCGUUGGCGGUAAACCGCUAGAGCACAAAUAAGUGGUUCUGAUUUGUAACUAGCAAGCUGGGAAGAGAAAAUGAGAGAUCCAUUUGUUCAUUUGACCGCAGAAGUGAAUCGGAAAUCUGGGGAAGCUUGUUUGGGCGACAAGCUUCGCCGACGAUGGCGGACAGGGUUUGCUUGGUACCGCAAAACACUAUUAAAAAAAAAGCAAUUCUUUCAGAUUUUCGGCAUUGUUCUUGGGGUGGCUAGGCACACUGAAAAGUUAAUUACAGCAUUCGAUUUUUUUUUUAUUUGUUUAACGGUUCUUAAAAAGUCAUCUUUUGACCACUAUGGCUCAAAAGAUGACUUUUUUAGUACACUGAAAUAUAUCAAUGGACAAAUUAUUGAA